GCCCAGUUGUGUGGGGUGAUGCACGCAUCAUUGUCCAACAAGGUAUCAUCUGCUGGUCGUCGCCAACUUCUGCCCAACAUAAUAAAGCACUGUAAUAAAGACACCGCCGAGACAGUGGUUGCAUCAUGGCCGACAAGACGGACGUCACUAACACCAUAGACGAGACUCCCAUCUCACCCAGCCGGCCUGAUCCGGCGAGGAAGAAUUCCUUAGAGUAUCAUCUGUCACACCGGCCAGAGCGGCAGGAGCUUGUUGAGAGGAAUAUCCUCCCUGCCUCAACAGCUGCCCCGGGAAUCCAAGCACAGCAGAAAGAGCUCGAGAAGCACAUGCGUGCCGACUCACUGAAUGAGAAGAUUGCCCACCGGCCCUCGCCUGAGACGCUAAUCAAAGAGGGCGUCCUGCGCGAGGACCCGCGCUCACCAGAGGAUAAAUAUGCUGAAGCUAUUGAGGAGGAAUACGCCAAGAGGGAAGGUGGUGCUUGAGUGGCAGCCUCGCUACACGGGUACACAUGAGUAGCUGGCACAGUUUGGGUCUAGGUAGACUGCCGCAUUCUCUAGAUCCAUACCCUGGCGACCAACUAUGUUUGCUGUCUCAUAUCUAUUCAGCUGCUAUCUGGAAAUGGGUAACGCUCCUUAACGGCACAUGCUGCUGUCUCCAACGUCAGAUUGCCCUUGAGGAUUGGG